ACAACGCAACCAACCACUUCCGCAAACAAAGCACCGUCUAAACUUUGGCCGGGGAAUCCAUAUAUAGUAUUUACAAUAUCAAUGCUUGAUCCGUAUAGCAUUGUCAGCCAAUCUUUCUUUCACUCGGAGACAAAUUCCGUCCGUUUUAGGCCUCUCUACAGCAAACCAAGGUAAUACUGGGUCUGAGUAUUACGCAUCAUUGCCAAGAAAAUCAGAACGAUUCUUUGCCAAGCACGGCGGGUAAUCUGCACCGCCUCAACCCGAAACACGAACAACGAUUUGUCGCACUCUCUAAUCCCCCGAGAAGUCGGAUAUCUCUUUCAUGCGACCCUUAUUAGCAUGUCUUUGCAGUUAUAAUCUUUAUUUUGCAAUCGCCGGUCACUCGAACACACUGUUCAUACUCAGUUGCACCGACAAUGCUGCUUCAGCGACAUCUUGUCGCCCUGUUUCUAACACUCAUAGUUCUGCUUAGUCUCUCUGCAGCACAUUCUCAGAGUCGUGGCGCUUUGAGUAGAGUAUCCUUAGUCGCCGAACCUCGAAUUCUGACUCCGUCUGGCCGCGUCCAUGCCUUUUCCUCCUUUGACCUAACUUUCAGUCUCUACGCUGGCGAAUACAUUGUUCGACUUUCCCUCGAGCCGAACCAUGAUAUUAUCGUCGACGGGGCAAGUGUUCAAUAUCUCGAUGCGAAUGGAGACAUUGCUCGUACAGAAAUCAUUGACCGUCAUGAACACAAAGUUUUUAAAGGACGCGCGUGGGGUCAUCUCGUCGGACAUGGAUGGCAAGAAGUAGGAUGGGCUAGAGUGGUUAUCAGAAGAGACGGAAGAUAUCCAUUAUUUGAAGGCGCCUUUUCGAUACACCAUAACCACCACCACAUUCAACUUCGAUCGAACUAUCUGCAAACAAAGCAUCAGCUUGACCCUCUGCUCGAUGACAAUAAUGAUGAAACUAUGAUCGUUUUUCGAGAUUCUGAUAUCCUACCACAGGAUGAUCUUGAGCUCAAAAGAUCCAUGGGAGUUGGCUGUCCAGCAGACGAACUUUCAUUCAAUCUCCGACCUGAACAUGCAUAUUAUUCGAUGGACCUGAAAGGGGAGGCUGGAUCUUGGGGCUCGACUGCAAUUGGAGCUCUUUUGGGGAAGCGCCAGAUUGACUCAAAUCCCAGUGGCGGAAAUUCUGGUGGUGUCAACCUCAAAUCAACCAUAGGGCAGACUGCCGGCUGCCCGUCCACUCGAAAAGUUGCAUUAGUGGGAGUGGCGACCGACUGCACCUACACCGGCACUUUCAACUCAACCGAAGCUGCUCGGCAAAAUGUGAUAACCCAGAUAAAUUCUGCCUCGGACUUAUACGAAAAAUCGUUCAAUAUAACUCUGGGACUGCAAAACUUGACAGUAUCUGACAGCAACUGUCCUGGCUCUGAGCAGAAAGCUACUCCUUGGAAUGUUGGCUGCUCCGGUAACGUGACCAUUCAAGAUCGAUUGAACACCUUCUCCCAAUGGCGGGGAAGCCGAAACGAUUCCAAUGCGUACUGGACUUUACUUACCAACUGCAACACUGGUUCGGCCGUUGGUCUGGCUUGGUUGGGCCAGGCUUGUGUCUCUGGGGUCGAAACCUCCCAAGGUUCUAGUGGGGGAUCUGAGUCGGUGAGCAGUGCGAACGUUGUUGCACGGACUUCAACAGAAUGGCAGGUUAUUGCCCACGAGACAGGGCAUACAUUCGGCGCCGUUCAUGAUUGCACCAGUCAAACUUGCAGUGAUAGCAACACAGUGAAUGCUCAACAAUGCUGCCCCCUCAGCAAUUCAACCUGCGACGCAGGUGAACGUUACAUCAUGAACCCUUCAACCGGUCAGGGUAUUACACAGUUCAGCGCAUGUUCGAUCGGGAACAUUUGUUCUGCAAUUGGCCGCAAUAGUGUCAAGACAAACUGCCUAGUCGCCAACAAAGACAUCUCCACGAUUUCUGGCGGACAGUGUGGCAAUGGAAUUGUCGAAGAUGGCGAGGACUGUGAUUGUGGAGGAACUGAGAGCUGUGGUAACAAUGCAUGCUGUGAUGCUACGACUUGCAAAUUCAAGAACAAUGCAGUUUGCGAUGAUUCGAACGAGGACUGCUGCCAAAGUUGCCAAUUUGCUCCAUCUACUAGAGUCUGCCGGGCAAGCACUGGCGUGUGUGAUCCUGAAGAGAAAUGCACAGGCUCAUCAGCAAAUUGCCCAGAGGAUCAGACAGCGCCGGACGGACAAAGUUGUGGAAACAAGACACAAAAGCUUACAUGUGCAAGUGGCCAAUGCACUUCACGAGACCAGCAAUGCAAAACUGUCAUGGGAUCUUACACUCAAACCAACGACACAUAUGCGUGCGACAACAAUGGAUGUACAAUCUCUUGUGCCUCUCCUGAAUUUGGGCCCAACGUUUGCUAUGGACUGCAACAAAAUUUUCUCGACGGAACGCUUUGUGGAGGAGGAGGACACUGUCAAAAUGGACAAUGCAAAGGCUCGUCAACAUCAAAAGAAAUCCGAUCCUGGAUUGACGAUCACAAGGCUCUCGUGAUAGGCAUAGCUGCGGCAGUCGGUGGCUUUCUACUUUUGACUUUCCUUGGAUGCCUCUGGAGAUGUUGUUCGAGAGCACGCUAUAGGCGCAAAAUUCCACCACAGACUCAUAACCAGUGGAUCCAGCCUCCAAUGAUGCACCAACCAGUUUACAAUGCGAACCAAGCUUGGCAUUCACCACCUCCACCGCCACCUCCGCCAUCGUACCAUCAGCACAUGUCAAGCGUUCGAUACGCUUAGCUUUCUCAUGUCUCCCUUUCAUCAUUAUCGAGCACUCUCCCUGGUAUCAAAAUCCUUUCUAAGUUCUUCUUGGUUCUCGGCAGAAAAUUUACGGGCGUCAGCUAUCCGGAAUAGAGCACUGCUUAUCAACGGUAUCUUUGUAUUUCUUUGGGACGAUUUCCGCAUCACCGUCGGUUAUUCAUGUACAGUCGAGGUUUCAUUCUAUUUCCCUUUCGGAAUAUCACGAAUUGGCGCUGCGAUGGUUGGUGUUUUUGAAAUAGCGUUUGUUAAUCACAAUUGUUCUGCUUUUGCAAGCUGUAAUGGGUAUAAAGCACUAUGGGCCGUCUACAAGUACAUAGGAGAAUAUCACCAUUGACUGAUAUACUAUCGGUCCCAUUCAAUCUGCACU